CGGAAGGAUCCGCUCCCGGAAGUUCCGGCGCUGCCGCCGCUGUGCGGGAUAAACAGUAAUGGCGGAGGCGGUGGCGGCGCUGGAGACAACGGCGGGCGCGGCCGCCGCGGCCCUGGGCUCACCCGCGGCGGCUGCGGGAGCGGCGGCCGUCGCCUUCGACUUCGCGGCCGUGCCGCCGCCCUCCGCGGGGCCGGGGGGAGGCGGUUGGACCAAACAGGUCACCUGCAGAUACUUCAUGCAUGGAGUCUGCAAGGAGGGAGACAACUGCCGCUACUCCCACGACCUCUCCAGCAGUCAGUCCACCAUGGUGUGCAGGUAUUACCAGCGAGGAUGCUGUGCUUAUGGAGAUCACUGCAGAUAUGAACAUACCAAGCCACUAAUACAGGAAGAAGUGACUGAUGUGAAUCCAGAGGCAGAAAUCUACCCAUCAGUGUCCUCAGAGUUUGCAUCGCUCCCUGAAACAGUUGAAGAAUUUAUUGCUGAGAUAGAAGAUGAAAAUACAGAUCUGGCAGCAGCAGGAGUGGGGGAUGAAGACUGGGUGAAUGCAGUGGAGUUUGUCCCUGGGCAGCCAUACUGUGGACGUGGCCCCCUCCAGGUCCUGGAAGGCUGCAGUAAGGUCACCCCAGAGCCUUCUCUUCUCCAGGCUGAACAACCCCCACUGUCUGAGCCUUUCCUCAUAGGGGAGGUGUUCCAUCCCUCCAACCAUCUUCAUGGCCCUCAACUAGCUGCUCCUUUCUGUGCUGAAGCACCCUUGCAGGAAAUGGUGAUUGAGGAAGAAUAUGAGAAGCAGCAGGCAGAUGUGGAGAUGAAGAAGGAGCUGUGCCCCUAUGCUGCAUUAGGAGAAUGUCGUUAUGGAGAAAAUUGCGUGUAUAUCCAUGGGGACGUGUGUGAUAUGUGUGGCCUGCAGGUCUUGCAUCCCAUUGAUGCUGCAC